CUCUCUCUCUUCAUUCCCCGCCUCAGAUAAGCCUCUCGCCGUCGAACCCUCAAAUCUCGUUUACAACGGCCCCCUAAUCCUCUCUAGAAGCCGCCAUGUCCAUCCUCAUCCGAGCUCUGCCCGCCAUAGCCUUCCGUUCCAAGUCCUUAUCUCUCUCUAAUCUCCCUCUGUUGUACCUCAACUCGCGAACGCUCGUCAAAUCAAAUGCACGCCCGAGUCGAAGCACCCAUUCCGUUUCUGCAUCAGCAACACCAUCUACUUCGUCCGAAACCCUAGUUUCUAACACCAAACAGCCGGGACUACCCCUCAAAGAUUCUCUUCAGUGGGUCAGCAGAACCGGGCUGUGCGGCAAUUUGUCCGAGAACGACGUAGGUAAACAAGUCAGGCUUUGCGGGUGGGUCGCGCUUCACCGGAUUCAUAGCGGCCUCACUUUCCUCAACCUCAGAGACCACACUGGCAUUGUACAGGUUACCACCCUCCCUGACGAGUUUCCUGAUGUGCAUGCUAUUGUAAAUGACUUGAGGCUCGAGUAUGUGAUUGCUGUGGAAGGUGUUGUUCGGCCUAGGCCCAGUGAGUCAGUCAAUACAAAAAUGAAAACUGGAAUGAUAGAGGUUGCUGCAGAGCAUGUUGAAGUAUUAAAUGGUGUGAGGUCUAAAUUGCCAUUCUUGGUUACCACUGGAGAUGAUGCCAAAGAUUCUGUUAAAGAAGAAAUCCGUUUAAGAUAUCGCUGCCUUGAUUUACGGCGGGCACAAAUGAAUUCAAACAUAAUGUUGCGACAUAGAGUGGUGAAACUCAUAAGAAGGUACCUAGAGGAUGUCCAUGGUUUUGUGGAGAUUGAGACCCCAAUACUUUCUAGAUCUACUCCAGAAGGUGCUCGAGAUUAUUUGGUGCCUUCAAGAGUUCAGCCAGGAACAUUCUACGCCUUGCCCCAAAGCCCACAGCUGUUCAAGCAGAUGCUGAUGGUCUCUGGUUUUGAUAAAUAUUAUCAAAUAGCAAGAUGUUUCCGAGAUGAAGAUCUUAGGGCAGAUAGACAACCUGAGUUUACACAACUCGAUAUGGAGAUGGCUUUCACUCCUUUGGAGGACAUGCUGAGGCUCAAUGAAGAUUUGAUUAGACAGGUUUUUCUGGAGAUCAAAGGUGUUGAGCUACCCAAUCCUUUUCCAAGGCUUACAUAUGCUGAAGCAAUGAGUCGAUAUGGUUCAGACAGGCCAGAUAUUCGAUUUGAGCUCGAAUUAAGAGAAGUGUGUGAUAUUUUUACAGACUCCUCUUUCAAGGUUUUUACUGAUGCCCUGGCAAGUGGGGGAACCAUCAAGGCAUUGUCUGUGCCUUCAGGAGCAAAAAACUAUUCAAACACAGCCCUUAAGAAAGGUGACAUUUACAAUGAAGCAAUCAAAUCUGGAGCAAAGGGUUUGCCUUUCCUAAAGGUCUUGAAUGAUGGGGUUAUUGAAGGGAUCCCUGCACUUGUAUCAUGUCUGGAUCUGACAAAAAAGGAGCAGUUAUUGAUGCGUUGCUCUGCAGGAGCAGGUGAUCUUAUCUUGUUUGCAGUGGGUGACCGUGCUUCAGUUAACAAGACUUUAGACCGGCUACGGUUAUAUGUAGCACAAGAGUUGGGCUUGAUUGACCAAUCUAGGCAUUCAAUUCUCUGGGUAACUGAUUUCCCGAUGUUUGAAUGGAACGGUUCAGAGGAAAGGCUUGAGGCCUUGCAUCACCCUUUCACCGCCCCAAACCCUGAGGAUAUAAAUGAUCUUUCAUCUGCCCGUGCAUUAGCUUAUGAUAUGGUUUACAAUGGAGUUGAGAUUGGUGGAGGAAGCUUGAGAAUUUAUAAGCGCGAGGUUCAAGAGAGAGUUCUGGAAAUCAUUGGCAUUUCCCUUGAGCAGGCCGAAGCAAAGUUUGGUUAUCUUUUGGAGGCUUUGGACAUGGGAGCUCCUCCUCAUGGGGGGAUCGCGUAUGGGCUGGAUCGACUGGUGAUGCUGUUGGCCGGUGCAAAUUCCAUCAGGGAUGUCAUCGCUUUCCCCAAAACAACCACGGCGCAGUGUGCUCUUACUCGGGCACCUUCCCCGGUGGAUCCUCAGCAAUUAAGGGAUCUCUCCUUUCAGACCCAAUAGUUCUUCCUAUUCAUUCAGGUGAUUGAUCGUUUCGGACCCAGCAUUAGCUUUUAGCCAGCUUGACGAGUAGAGGAGGAAGAAGAAGAAGAUCUAGAUUUAUUUUUGGGAAACAAGUGCGUACGAAGCCCUCUUGAUGUCUCCUAUAACUUCAUUUAAGAACGAAUUGUAAUGUGAUGAGGUUUGAGUUUUGGCUUCAAACUCCAAUACCAUGGAAAGAUCAAUGUAGUGAAGAAUUAGAUACAAUUUUUUUUGGUUUCUAAAUUAAAAUAUGAAAUUUGUCUUUGAUUU